AUGACACGCUUUGUAGGGUGCAUCGAUCUGCACAAUGGCCAAGUCAAGCAAAUUGUGGGUGGGACCUUGAGUGAGAGCCAAAACGAGCUGCUGAAGACCAAUUUCGUGUGUCAGCACGAAUCACCAUAUUACGCCCAACUGUAUCGGGAAAACCACAUUACAGGGUGUCAUGUCAUAAAAUUGGGUCCCAAUAAUGACGAUGCAGCGCUCGCUGCUUUGAAAGCAGCCCCGCAUUUUCUUCAAGUAGGUGGUGGAAUUAAUUACGACAACUGUAUUAAAUGGCUGGAAUACGCUAGUAAAGUGAUCGUGACGAGCUGGCUGUUUGAUUCUGACGGGCAUUUUUCGCUUUCGAACCUGCAGAAAAUCUCCCAGCGCUGUGGAAAAGACAAGCUGGUUGUCGAUUUGAGCUGUAGAAAGGUGGAAACCAGCGGGGCACCUAAGUGGGUGGUGGCCAUGAACAAGUGGCAGAAACUCACUGACGUUGAAUUAAGCAAGGAGACAUUCAGUUUGAUGAGCCAAUACGCGGACGAGUUUCUGAUUCACGCCGCAGACGUGGAAGGGCUGUGCCGUGGUGUAGACGAGCUCCUUGUUGGCAAGCUAUAUGAGUGGACCGAGCAUCUGCCGCAUCUGAAAAUUGUUUACGCGGGUGGUGCGAAGAGCAUAGACGAUCUAGCUCUCGUGGAUAAAAUGAGCCGUGGUAAAAUCGAUUUGACAUAUGGAAGCGCACUAGACAUUUUUGGUGGCAGUUUAGUAACUUUCGAGAACUGCUGCCAAUGGAAUCAGCAUCAUUAA